CAGAAGAAGAUGAGCCACCUUAUUCUACUUUUGUCCUUGUUCUUGGCUCCAGCAUUUGCUGACGGAGGAAGUCAGAAAUCAACCCAAAACCUUUGUUCAAAUGUUAGCCACAAACGCCAGAAGAGAGACUGGAUAUGGAACCAAAUGCACAUCAAAGAAGAGAUUGAUACACCUUUGCCACACCAUGUUGGCAAGAUCACAUCCAGUGUAAGGAACAACAACGCCAAGUACAUCAUCAAGGGUGAAUAUGCCAACACCAUCUUCAAGGUGGAGGAGACCAGUGGGGACGUCUAUGCCUUCGAGAGGCUGGACAGGGAGAAGAAGGCAGAGUAUGAGCUGACAGCCCUCAUCAUUGACAGAACAAACAACAGGUCCCUGGAGCAGCCCUCCAAAUUCAUCAUCAAGGUGUAUGAUAUCAAUGACAACGCUCCUGUGUUUGUACAGAAGGUGUUCAAUGGGUCUGUCCCAGAGAUGUCCCCAGUAGGAACCUCAGUCACCAAAGUGACAGCUGUGGAUGCUGAUGACCCCACAGUGUCAGGUCAUGCCACGGUGACCUAUGAAGUCACCACAGGAAGUGAAUAUUUCACCAUUGAUGAUUCUGGUGUGAUUUAUACAAAAGAGCCCAAUCUAGACAGAGAGACAAAGUCAACAUAUGAGAUUGUUGUUCGAGCCAAAGAUGCUCCGGGUUUUUCUGGGGAUUCCAGCACAGCCACGGUGAUCAUCACCUUGUCUGACAUCAACGACAACUUCCCAGUGUUCAAACACUCAUCAUUUCACUUUAAAGUUCCUGAAAACAUUUCAGUAGGAGGAGAAGUUGGCAGAGUCAAAGUAGAAGAUAUUGAUGAACCACAGCACAGAAAUACAAGAUACAGCUUUAUCCAAGGAGAGUUCAGGGACACCUUUGACAUUGUAGCAAAUCCAUACACAAAUGAAGGAAUCAUUAGGCCAAAGAAGCCCCUGGACUUCGAAACGGUAUCAGAAUACAGGUUUAGCAUUGAGGCCACAGACCCCACGGUUAACCUCCGGCACUUCAAACCUGGCAACCCCCGGAGCAUCUCCACAGUCACCAUCGAAGUCACCGACGUGGAUGAGCCUCCUGUCUUCACCAGACUGCCAUAUGAAUUUAAAGUGAGGGAAAAUCACGCAGAAGUUAAAACACUUGGUUCAGUUCACGCAGAGGACCCCGACACAGCUAAACGGAAAAUCAGAUACAUUCAGCGUAGAGCAAGUCCUAACGGAGACUACGUCAGGGUAUCCAAUAAUGGAGUUAUUCAACUUCCCAAGCCUCUGGACAGAGAAUUCAGCUCCUCAUACAACAUCACUGUGGCAGCUGUGGAGAUCCUUGAAGAUGGCCGCCUUUCCGACAGAGAGUCACACGCCCACGUUCAUGUCAUAGUUGAUGAUGUGAAUGAUAAUGCUCCAGAGCUUGUUUCUCCUGAUGAACCUCGAGUAUGUGAAAAUGCUGCACCUGGAAAGGUAAUUGUCAGGAUUUCAGCUGUUGACAAGGAUGAAACAUCACCCAGAGGUUUCUUCAGAUACUCGCUGGCCACAGAAGACAGCAACUUCUCCCUGAUUGAGAACUACGACAACACCGCUAACAUCACCGUCAAAUACGGACAAUUCAACCGGGAACUUGCCAAAUUCCACUACCUGCCUGUGCUCAUCUCAGACAACGGUGACCCUGACCUAACCAGCACAAACACUCUGGUCAUCAGUGUCUGCAAGUGCAAUGAGAAAGGCAACUUCACUUUCUGUGAGGAGAGAGCAAAGCAGGUCGGCGUCAGCAUUCAAGCACUGGUGGCAAUUUUUAUCUGCAUCUUCACAAUCAUUGGAAUCGCCUUGCUGAUUCUGCUGAGAAAGAGGCACAAGAAGGAUCUUGGUGGGCUGGGGAGGAGCGUGGCAGAGAUCCACGAGCAGCUGGUGACCUAUGACGAGGAGGGAGGGGGUGAGAUGGACACCACCAGCUACGACGUGUCCGUGCUCAACUCCGUCCGCAAGAGCGGCCUCAAGGCGGAAGCCGCUCCCUGUGCCUACGCACAGGUCCAGAAACCUCCUGGGAACAUCACCCCUGGCGCUGAGGGGAUGGAGAUGAUGAUUGAGGUGAAGAAGGAUGAGGCUGACAACGACAGGGAUUUGCUGCCCUACGACACCCUGCACAUCUAUGGCUACGAAGGCGCCGAGUCCAUCGCGGAAUCCCUCAGCUCGCUGGGCUCGGGCUCCUCAGACUCAGACAUUGAUUAUGACUUUCUCAGUGACUGGGGACCCAGGUUCAAGAUGCUAGCUGAGUUGUAUGGAUCAGAACCAAGUGAAGAUUUUGUGUAUUAA